CAGACCACAAAUUGACGAUUUGACGCAGCCCCGCCGCUCCCGACUCUACAACGACGCGGCUCUUCCACGACGCAAUAACCCUCCUCUUCUACGCGUCACCGCUGCGCUACCCUGGGUAGACCAGGCAUUAACGCUUUUCCACAGACGUCCGGGAGCACGUCGGACGAGUGAGGCACUAGAAGCCGUAUAGGUCAAUGUUGUGUGCUACAUCUCCAAAAAGUUGUGAAUUACCAUAUACGAGAUAUUCCUUUUUUUAUCCAAAGAAAUUAUCUCCAGUGAGGAUAAGAGCAUUGGCUUCACUACCGGUGACUAAUGGUCUCAAAGUUGAGUACACACCAUGGUUGAUUGUGGGAUUAGGUAACCCUGGUAACAAGUAUCAUGGAACACGCCACAAUGUUGGUUUUGAAAUGAUUGAUCAGUUAUCUCAAGAAGAGGGCAUUUUGUUGAACACAAUACAAUCAAAAGCUUUGAUUGGAAUUGGUUCCAUUGGAGAGGUACCAGUUGUCUUAGCCAAACCUCAGGCUUACAUGAAUUUCAGUGGAGAAUCGGUUUGUUUUCAGUAACUUUUUUGUUCAUAUAUAAGACUCCAUUGCAUUUGUUAUCUAGCAGUUUUUUUACUGAGGAUAAUUGUUAAGUUGUGCUGAGUCUUAUUUUAGAGAAAUGAUUAAAAACUGAUUCACGAAUGUGAUUUUCUUGUUUCGUAGCUGGAUGUGAAUCCCUUGGGGUGCUACACGUUAUGUAGUGAUCCAAAGCCCCAAUAUCCAAUGUGUGAUACGUAAUCACCAUCCCUUUAGAACCAGAUUUGUGUCAACCCAAACGCCAACUCAAGAGUUGAGGGUUUAGCCAAGCCUUACAUACUGCUUCGAGAUCCCCCUAGGGAUUGGCAUUGGACUCAUUGUUAUUACUUCCGCAUGGAAAGUGCCUCUAAACAUAUAUUCCCUUUUAGAUUUGCUAGUUCAAGCUGUAGGGUUCUACAAAGUGUUAUUAUAUGCAUAUUACUUGCACAGGUGCAGACUUUAUACAAUUCAUUUUUCGUUCAUGCGCUUCUCAUUCAUUGGGGGGUACAUAUUUCUCAUAGAUAAUGCGGGGAGAGAGAGGGUGUUACCUUGAAAAUGCUAAGGAAAAUCAAAUAAGAUUAUAUUUAUUUAAGUGUGCAUGUUGUCUUUGUGUCUGGUUGUAUGUAGUCCUUACCCCUACCCAUAAAAGGUAGAGAUGCUUUUUUUGAAAGAUCCCCAGCUCGCAAGAACAAAAGACAUUAACUAAAACAAUCCAAGUAAAAGUGAAGGUAAACCAAUAGAAAAAUGUGUGUGAGAGAGAGAAUAAAGAUGUACUACCAUGAAAUAAUAAUAUGCUACAUUUCAAAAACCCCACUAUACGUAGCCAUCUACUAUUUUAGUAGACUCGCAACUACACAUAGCUUAAGAAGGAAACACCUAGUAAGCCGACUACCUUACAACCCUAGACCCCCAAAUUAUCCUAUCUUGUAUUGUCUCCUUAGUGAGCUGUAGAAUGCUCAUGUCAUGUCUAAUCACCUCACCACAACUUUUCUUCAGUCUAUCUUUACCUCUCUAAUUUCCUAACAACAACCUAGAUGAAUCUCUUCUUUCCUAUCAUCUUUACUUAUUAUGUGAAUUAUCUAAAGAUUAAGAGUCUGUUUGGUUGAAAGGGAGGGGAGGGGAAGGAAUGAAUGAGAGAGAAUGGG